AAUUCCACUCUUCAAACAAACACAAAAUUUCAAAUUUUCUAACAAGACUCAUGUUUUCUUCCCUCACAAUGUCAAAUAUCUUCCUUAUAUAUUGAACCAUUCAACCAUCAAUGUAGAAAAUGUACACCAUUCUUAUAUGUCACAUUCAAAGUCUUCUUCCUUCUCAACUUCCUCUUCCUUCAACAUGAUAUCUUCAUUUCAUUCCUCUAUUAAUCAUUAAAAACCAUUUUAUCUUAUACCAUGACUAGAAAAUUAGUAGAAGUUAUGUGGCCAGCAUUAGUUGCUAAUAAGAUACUUAACAAGAGACUUGGAAGUAGAAACUUUGUAGCUGAUUAUCCAAGUUCUACAGAUCCUUUAUUAGGUAUCACAAAUGAUGAUCAAUUAUCUCUAAGCCCCAAAUCAAUUCUUAAUGAUCAUAGUGAUACACAAAAGUACAAGGUUUUUGUUAGUACAUGGAACAUAGGUGGAAUUGCACCAGAUGAAGGGUUGAAUAUUGAGGAUUUGUUAGAGACAUGUAGCAAGUCCUUUGAUAUCUUUGUAUUUGGGUUUCAAGAAAUUGUGCCACUAAAAGCAUCAAAUGUAUUGGGAUCAGAAGAUAGCAAGAUUUCAACAAAAUGGAAUUCUAUAAUUAGAGAAGCUUUGAACAAGAGAACACAUCAAAAUUGUUGCAAAGAUAUUGAAAAUGAUGAUGAUGAUAAUAUAAAGCAAGAUUUAAAGAAAAAUAUUUGUCAUGGAAAUCCAACUCAGCAAUGUAAAGCCCCACAAGAUUUUCAUUGUAUCAUUAGCAAGCAAAUGGUUGGUAUAUUGAUAUCUGUAUGGGUUAAAAGUGACCUUAGUCCAUUCAUUAGACAUUCAAGUGUCUCAUGUGUUGGAUGUGGCAUCAUGGGCUGCUUAGGCAAUAAGGGUUCUGUAUCUGUGAGAUUUCUAGUACAUGAAACAAGCUUCUGCUUUGUGUGCACUCAUCUAGCUUCUGGUGGAAAAGAAGGUGAUGAGAAGCAUAGGAAUUCUAAUGUUGCUGAAAUAUUUUCUAGGACAAGUUUUCCUAGAGGAUCCCUUAUGGAAUUACCAAGAAAGAUUCUUGAUCAUGAUCAUGUAAUAUUGCUUGGAGAUUUAAAUUAUAGAAUUUCUUUACCAGAAGAAACCACAAGAUUACUAGUUGAAAAAAGAGACUGGGAUUCCCUAUUAGAAAAUGAUCAGCUAAAGAUGGAGCUAGUAAGUGGACACAUGUUAAGAGGUUGGAAUGAAGGAACAAUUAAAUUUGCCCCAACUUACAAGUAUUUUCUAAAUUCAGAUGAGUACUAUGGAUGUUGUUAUCAUGGAAAGAAAAAAGCAGCAAAGAAGAGAUCACCAGCAUGGUGUGACAGAGUUAUAUGGUUUGGCAAUGGUUUAAAGCAAAUUGAGUAUGCUAGAAGUGAAUCAAAAUUAUCAGAUCAUAGACCAGUGAAGGCAUUGUUUAUAGCAGAAGUCAAGGUUUCAUCAGCAUUGAAAAGCUUUCCUAGUUUGUUUCUGUCAGAGAGAUUUGAACAAAUUAAAAAUGUGUUUGAAAUUUCCCCUGCUCAUGAGUUUGUAUGUAAAAAACAAUCAAGUUUCCGGUUGUAAAUAUUAAUGGUUUUAUAUAUUAUAAUUUUUUUUGACAAA